CCAUCUGAAAGAGAACAGCAUCUCAUUUCCCUUGUUCUCUCAAACCGAUAACUAUCGUUGUAAGAUCACUUAAAGACUUUGUAAAACUCCCUGAAUCCUUCGCAAUGGCUUUAAGAGGAUCUCUUUCUCGACUUCUUAGAACACAACUUCAUGCUUGUCAAAAAAGCCGGGCGCAUUCAGUCGCUAUUUUGGGAGCUCCGUUUUCCAAAGGACAGAAAAGAAGAGGAGUCGAGCAUGGACCAAAAGCCAUCCGGGAUGCCGGUCUAGUUGAGAGACUUUCAAAUCUAGAUUACCCCAUCCAUGAUUUUGGAGACCUGAAUUUCCAGCAUUUGGAGAAUGAUGAGCCAUUCAUGCACGUGCCCUUUCCACGCACUGUGGGCCGGGCCAACAAGCUUCUAGCAGGUGCUGUGAGCCACGCUAUCGAAGCAGGACACACCAGCGUCAUGCUCGGGGGCGACCACAGUCUCGCCAUUGGCUCUGUGCAAGGUCAUGCUCAACAGUGCCCCGAUCUGUGCCUGAUCUGGGUGGACGCCCAUGCUGACAUCAACACUCCUAUGACCUCCCCUUCUGGCAACCUUCACGGCCAGUCGGUGGCCUUCAUGCUCAAAGAACUCCGAGACAAGAUGCCUGCUAUCCCAGGGUUCUCUUGGAUGAAGCCUUUCCUCGCCUCCAGGGAUUUGGUGUACAUUGGCCUGAGAGAUGUGGACCCGGGUGAACACAUUAUCCUGAAGAACCUAGGAAUUCAGUACUUUUCCAUGAGAGACAUUGAUAGAAUGGGCAUUCAGAGAGUUAUGGAAGUCACUCUUGAUCAUCUUUUGGCCAGGAAACAAAGGCCGAUACACUUGAGCUUUGAUAUUGAUGCCUUCGACCCUUCCCUGGCCCCGGCCACUGGCACCCCAGUCAACGGAGGACUGACUUACAGAGAGGGCAUUUACAUCACAGAGGAAAUCCACAACACAGGGCUGCUGUCUGCCAUGGACCUGGUGGAGGUGAACCCUACUCUGGGCGCAACCAGCGAGGCGGUGGAGUCCACAGCCAGCCUAGCGGUGGACGUCAUCGCAGCGGCACUAGGACAGACGCGCGAAGGCUCACACGGAGUCUACCAGGAGGAGCCUGCGUCGAAGGAGGACACCGAGCAACUGCGGCUGUAGAGCCGCAAGCGCUUGAGUUAUGGACUGUCACAUCUCACGAUUCCGCAUUCCAAAUGCCCUCCCAAGUGUCUCGCUUUGAGACCAGAUAACAAGUGUGGCUGGUAGAAGUAUGCUGUUGGAUACUCUGCUCACUCAAGGUGUUGAAUUCAAAAAUGGUCCACUGUCCUGAAUUCAUACAUAGACCAGAACAAAUGAUUGCCUGAAUACGGGUACUUACAAUUAAGGUCCAGUGAGUGAGUGAGUGAGUGAGUGAGUGAGUGAGUGUGAGUGUGAGUGUGAGUGUGUGUGUGUGUGUGUGUGUGUGUGUGUGUGUGUGUGUGUGUGUGUGUGUGUGUGUGUUUAUGUUAGUAUGUACUGUAAGCUGUCAGGACUGCUGUUUGUAGUUUGGUUUACAGGUGGAUUUAAUUGAAUAUGGACAAAGUGCAUAGUUUACGCGUGGAAAGUUAAACUUUAAAAAUGAAGACGGCUUCAGAAUUUAUAUUGGCUAUUUCAGGAUCUAGCAAGACUUUGGCUACUGAUCCACAUUGGCUGUGCCAGUGGCACCUUAUAAUAAUGGCAAGUGUUUGCACUUAAGGACCAAGUGCAGUUUUGAAUGAGUUAUUUUAUAUAGUUGUACAUUGUAGUGUGUGAAAAUUCUCAUGAGUGACUUUUUGCAAUGUAUAGUUUUAAUUUGUAUAGCCUUGUAGAUAUAUUUUUAUUACGUUUGUCAUGAUGUACCAAUCAAAGGAAAGAACAUAAUUUUCCGGGGACAAAACACUAUCAAAGAAAUGGAAACAUGAAACGGUAUGGCAAUAAUAAAAUGACAUGCCAUAUCUGUUUACAGAUUUCAUGGUAGACCUGCUUUUACUUGUCUUUCUGAAUAAUUCAGAACUCAAUAAAACACAUAAGUGAA